AUGCACUUCAUCCUAACCACGCUGAAUCUGGUAAAGUGUCUCGUUGAGACAAAACCUGAGGUGCCUGCUGAACAAGAGGCAAACCCAGAUCCACGAGUUCAUAUGACUUUGGAGAAUUGGGUGCAAGGAGAUUUCCUUUGCAGAGGUUACAUUCAUAGUCGCCUAGUGGAUCAACUGUUCAAUGUGUACAGUGAGGUCAAAUCAUCCAAGGAGCUGUGGGAAGACCUUGAUAGGAAGUACAAGACGUUCAAUGUGGGCUCAGGAAAGUUUGCUACUGCAAAAUUUCUCAACUUGCGUCAUGGUGGACUCAAAACCAAUCAUGGACCAAGUGCAUGA